AUGCAGCCUCCCAUCCCCCUCCCGAAGGGGUUCGACUCUGUCGAAUCGACAGUUGAAGCUUUCCGUCAGGGCGAGUUCAUCGUGGUUCUCGACUCCCAGGAUCGUGAGAAUGAAGGCGACCUCAUCAUCGCCGCCGAGGAUGUCACCACCGAGAAAAUGGCUUUCAUGAUUCGCCAUACCAGCGGAUUGAUCUGCGCUCCAAUUACUUCUUUUCUUGCCGAAAAAUUGGCGCUCCCGCAGAUGGUGAAGGACAAUGAAGAUCCUAAUCGUACCGCUUACACAAUUUCGAUCGACUCGAAUGAUGAGAGCGUCACCACCGGAAUCUCGGCCCACGACCGUGCCCUCACCUGUCGCACUCUUGCCAGUUCCAAAGCCACCGAGACCAACUUCAGGAGGCCUGGACAUGUGUUCCCUCUUAGGGCGAGAGAUGGCGGCGUCCUCGAGCGUACUGGACAUACCGAGGCAGCCGUGGAAUUUUGUCGACUUGCCGGUAAAGCCAGGGUGGGUGUCAUCUGUGAAAUGGUCGAAGACGGAGAGCCGGUGCCUGGACAGACAGCCAUGAGCGGGCCAGGCAUGAUGAGAAGAGAUGCUUGUCUGGCAUUUGGGCAAAAAUGGGGACUGAAGGUUUGUACCAUUGAGGAUUUGGUCGAGUACGUCUCCAAGGAGGCCGAGGAGGAGAUAUCGAGUAAUGGCGUCAAUGGAUAUCAUUGA